AUGUUCCUCAUCAAGUUAAAUAGAAUUCAAUAUCCUUUCUUUGUUGCUCUACAUCAAUUCUUUCUCUCACCCAACCAGGGUUUCACCCAUAACUUGCCAACAAAAAAACCUCUUCGGUACAGGUGGACAUGCAACAAUUUCCCUCCCAACAAAAACCAAGAGGACAAUGACACCUCAACCCAGCGUUACUCAAUCCAGACCAGGAUGUUCUCCGAACAAAGCGUAGAAUAA